AUGGGACAGAAUUUUCAACAAACGACUUCUUUGAAUAAGCGAGCAGAAACUUCAAAGACUUUAGGCUAUCGACAACCAUCAAAUAUGCCAAAACAAAAUUUAAUUUAUAAUCAGAAAAACAAUUCAUUACAAAAAUUCAUGUUUCCAUUUAAAAAUCAGCAACAGAAAAAAGAAUAUAAACAAAGACAGCGAGCCCGUUUUGGCCAAAAUUUCCAACUAGAUAAUGAACUUGAUUUGCAACUACGACGACAAUAUGAAGAAUGGAAGCAUUCUCAAACUUUCCAACAAAACCCGUUAACAGAAAGUGUUCCAACACAAAUGCAACUAUUACAACAUCAAAAAGCUUAUAAAGAGCAACAAGGAUCAGAACAUGAAAAGCAACUUUUCGAUCAAAAAUUGCCACAAGAAAAUCCACUCCUACAACAUAAUGAAGGACAACAAUUUAUUAAACCAAUUCAACAAAACCCUGCGGAAAGUUCAAAUAAGGCUCUGCAACAAUUACAAGAAGGAAUCUUAAAAAAUCUGAUUAAACAAUCUGUGGAAGAUGAAAUCUUGAAAUAUAAGAUGGUUUGUUCGAUCUUAAAAUAUUAUCUCAUUCGAUUUCUAAGUUCUGCUGGAUAG